CAUACUUAAAAUAUAAAGUGACCUUAACUUAUUUCAGCUUACUCUGUUGAGUCUCCUCACUUAAACCUAGUAAAGACAACUUUCUACUGAGGCAAGUAAACAAACUUGUCAGCAGCAAGUUACCUAUACUUUGAAGUAUGAGUGAGCAAGAAGCGUCUGCUCAACCUGGAGAAACUCGGCAGCUUUCGGCACCAUUCGGCAUUUCUCGUUGAGUGCACAUGCGCAGUUGCCAUGUUUUGAAUCAGGCGGUCAAAUCUCAAGCGGGAAGAGACGUACUACUCCUGCAUAUUGUCACGGCUUUCAUUUCUGAAGACUGAAACCUAGCUAUGCAUUGGAAGUGAGAGUUUCACAGUGCAGCACCCCUGUCGAUUUUGCAUGGUGAAGAGGAGUGACAUCCAGCAGAGAGAGGUCCGAUCAGGAGCAUAUGAGUACAGAACCAGGCAGGAUCAUGACAGAAUCACAGCCAACAAAGGAGAUGAAACUAAGGAUAAUUGUCCAUGACAAUGACAUCAGGAAAAUUACACUCUCUGGGAAACCACAGACACUUGACUCACUUGUUGAACAGCUUGAGGAGAAGCUGGGUCUUCUGUACAAAUUCUCCCUCCAGUAUGAGGAUCCUGAUUUUAACAAUGCCUUCGUCAACCUCACUGACAUUACUGACCUGCCUGACAAAUCCACCCUAAAGAUAAUCGCACUGGUUCCAGCCCCCACAUCAAGCAUAGCCAGCACAGCCAGCACCGAUGACACCGAGAUCCUCUCUUUUUCCUCCCCUGAAAGUCGGUCAUCUCUUACUCGCUCUCCAUGGCCAGACACUUUUGACAUUCCUUAUUUUCCUGUGGACAUCGAGUACAGAUUACGCCAAGGGAAUCUUCUGUAUAUGAGAGACAAGACGUAUCUACAGGUAUCCAGGGACAUGAAGCAUGAGAUACUUGAAAAACUUGCUGAGGCAAUUUACAGCUUCAAGGCAUAUCCCUGCGAUCAAGAAUUCAAUGAUGUUGCAACUGCACUGAUUCAAAAACAUCCAUGCCUCACUGAACCAGGCUCUGUCAAUGGAUGCAACAGCUGGAAAAAUAGCAUCAAGUUCAAAAUGGGAAACUAUCGCACCAAACUGCGACGAGCUGGAUGUACAGAUGUGACUGUAAAUCAAGGGAAAAGAAAAGGCCAAGCUCCUCAGAGAGGCAUCAAAAGACCCAAACGGUUUGAAAUCAAUUUUCUACCCAAUUUCCCUGAUGGUGAAGAUGAGACCAGUAUGGAGUUCAAACGAAAGGAACUUGUAGAAGAGAUGAAGAAACGUCGUCCACCUGCUGCUCUGAUAACCAAAAACAUGGACUCGACUUUUGCCUUGAGAAGACAAGAGUUGGUGAACUUGGAGCCUCCAGUGAAAGACACAAUGGAAAGGUGGCCAGCACUCUUUACAGAGUGUCAGAUUCUGGCAGAGUUCUGUCGCUUGUCAAGCAAAAACCUGAAUACAGAAUUCUUCAAAGAACUUGACAAAUACACUCCUCGCUUCUUUGAGAUCUUCAAGACCAAGGGGGGAAGUGUUGGCCAGAAACUUAAGACUUAUCUGCAACAAGUCACACCAGAGAGUACAGAUGUUACUGCGAAGCGAACAGCUGUCCUCCGUGGCCUUCCUGUCAUCCUUGGAGAUGAGAACACAGACUUCUUCAUGACAUGCUUUGACUGCGAUGACCCAGGCAUAUCUCACACCCCCAUUGGAAUCCUGACCACUGUUCCUGAGGACGAACAGCUCUCCCUUGACUCACUGCACCUUCAGACUUCAGGUACCGCAAUCAUUUUGGAAGGAAGAAUUGUGAUGGAUGACCUUGAAAAUCUUCCACAUGCCAUGUGCUUGCUCUUUGGACUUACUUACGCCCUGAAUUUGGAGUACCCUCAACAACUGAAGUACACCUUUGACUUCAUUCAAAGGGUGCUUCUCUCACUUGGACAUAAAUCCCUAAAACCAAAAAUACAAUCACUCAAAAAUCUUCUGAUGCAAUGAGUGAAUGUAAUCAUGAUGUGAAUGUGACUUGACAUCUUGGGUCACAUUGAUGCCUUUACCCUUAUUGGAAAAGUGAUAUUUUUUUCUUGUUUGAGCCUUUUUUGUGGGAAGGAACCUCAUCACCCAUUUUAGACUACUGAAUGUUUUUUAUGUUCAUGAGGAGAAAAAUGAACACCUACUUUCCUUUUAGCUUUUGUUUUUCCUUUUGUGUUGAUGCUGAAAUGAUCGUGGUGAUAUUGAUUACCAGGUUCUGGAGCAAGUUCUCUCUGACUUAAUAUAUUUUGUAAGUCAAGCUCUGCUGCAGUUCUAAACUCAACCACUAAGAAUUAAAAUCAGAAAGCUCUUAGCAGUUUUUAGCGGGAGCUGGCUCAAACAUAAGAAUUACAGUUGCACAUUCAGUUGAAAUAAUAGGUGGAUUGUAAACAGUUGAGCAAUGUCUGCUGUUCACUUUAUUGAUGUUAAGAUAAAUGUUAGACCCUGCAAUUGACUACUGAGUUUAUCUGUAGUUCACACUAUAGUCAACAGAGAUAUUUAAGCAGGAAUUCUCAAAGUUUUACUGGAAGCAUGCAUUUCAUGUCACCUUUACUCAGUGGGUUGCCAUUGUAGACUGCACUUUAAGAACCCCUGUAUGUAAAGUGUGUUCUGAACAAAAAAGUUAAAUUAUUAAACUUUGUUUCCAUUCAAACUGUUGUCUUUCUUUGUUUCUAUAGCUUAUCACUUUAAGUUCAUCUUACUUGAACAUAUCAAGGCAAUCGGUUUCCUGAUAUUUUGCUAGUAAGGUGAAUGCUUAAACUUGUAAAGUUAACUUAUAGUUUACGAGUACUGCUUAAUUUACAUAACUCAUGAAUUUAAGUAGACAAAAUUGACAUUUUAUAGUGAAACUAUCUAAUGAUUUUGAGUUAACUUUACUCAAAUUUACUGGCACUGUAUGACUUGUCUGAAUUUAUAUUUUAUAGUUAACCUAACUAAUGAUUUUUAGUUAACUUCACUCAGGUUUACUGACAUUAUCUGAGUUGUCUAAACACAGUUAUUUUCAGCUUUAACAACUUAAAAUGAAUUAUCUACUUUACUUGGGAAUUUUGAGGCAAUCGGUUUCCUGACUUUUUUUAAGUAAAGUCAACUUAUUACAUUU